GACAGGCAUAUUUUGUACUAAAUACCAACAGGUACCAAGCAAAAUUACUAAUAAAUUAAAAAUUGAAUUGAUCUGUCGUCUGUCAAUAAUAACUUAUAAGUAUCACAUAAUAUUGGUAGAACGUUGUACAAUACGUACUUCUAGAAUCUAAUAACAUGAAAUUAUUACAUACAAAUAUGAUUCUACGCUUCCGAUUGUGUUUACGAAACUGUAGCAAUACAUCUCAAGGUGCAUUUGUAAAAGAGUUGGAAGGAAAUUAUAUUCCCCACACAAACUUCCAAAGAACUUUGCUCAGUUUAGGUAGUGCAGUGGUUGCUCUUUUAGAUCCUCAUAGAGGUGACAUGAUAGCCUGUUUAGGAGAAGUUACUGGCAGCCAGGCUAUCAGAUAUAUGCGUCAAAAGAUGCUGGAAACGCAUGAGGGUGCAGAAAUAUUAAGAGAAAUGCCUCGUAUCAACUCUAAAACGGUGUGCUUUGAAACUCUAUCACAGAUGCCUGAAAAUACUUUAGGGCGGGUGUAUGCAGACUUUAUGCAAAAUAACAAAAUAACUGCAGAUUCAAGAUUGCCAGUCCAAUUUAUUGAAGAUCCAGAAUUAGCAUAUGUUAUUCAACGGUACAGAGAAGUUCAUGAUUUAGUGCAUGCUACAUUGUUUAUGAAAACCACUAUGUUGGGGGAAGUUACUGUCAAGUGGGUAGAAGGUAUACAAACAAAGUUACCAAUGUGUAUUGGUGGAGGAAUAUGGGGAGCAGCACGCUUGAAACCUAAACAUAGAAAUCUAUAUUUAAAAUACUAUUUGCCUUGGGCUAUUUAUACAGGAAAUAAUGCCAAAUUUAUGCAAGGUAUUUACUAUGAAAAGAGAUGGGAACAAGAUAUCAAUGAAUUUCACAAAGAAAUGAACAUCACAAGAUUGAAAGACUCCUGAUGUUUUAUUAAUUUUGCAGGUACAAAAGUAUAAUAUAUUGUAUUAGAAAUAUUUGUUAUUUAUAAAAACAUAUUUAUUAAAAAAAUAAAAGACUAAGUAAA